ACCACGGCGGCCGGUCCCGGCCCCUCCUCUAGGCCUCAGACUCCACGGCCCGGCCACGGGUGGGGGCAAGAGGCCCGGGCUGGGCGCCUGCGCAGUCGCCGAGGCGCUGGUGUGAUCGAGCUCACGUAGCGAGGGCUGCAGUCGCCUCCUCCCUGGCGCUGCCGGCGCGGCCUAGAGGUUAUAAAAGGGCUAGCGGGCUCCCUCUGCUGACCAGUCGCGCCGCCAGCGGGCUGAGGGCCGGGGAGUAGACAGCUGCUCCGAGUGGAGGCGACAAGAGACUGAAGAGCGCGCCGCCCUGCCGUCCCACUUCCCAGGUGUGUAAUCCUGUAAAAUUAAGUCUUCCAAGAUGAUCUGGUGUAUAUUAAUUGUAGGAAUUCUGCUUCCCCAGUCUUUGGCUCAUCCAGGCUUUUUUACUUCAAUUGGUCAGAUGACUGAUUUGAUCCAUACUGAGAAAGACCUGGUAACUUCUCUGAAAGAUUAUAUUAAAGCAGAAGAGGACAAGUUAGAACAAAUAAAAAAAUGGGCAGAGAAGUUAGAUCGGCUAACUAGUACAGCGACAAAAGAUCCAGAAGGAUUUGUUGGGCAUCCAGUAAAUGCAUUCAAAUUAAUGAAACGUCUGAAUACUGAAUGGAGUGAGUUGGAGAAUCUGGUCCUUAAGGAUAUGUCAGAUGGUUUUAUCUCUAACCUAACCAUUCAGAGACAGUACUUUCCUAAUGAUGAAGAUCAGGUUGGGGCAGCCAAAGCUCUAUUACGUCUCCAGGAUACCUACAAUUUGGAUACAGAUACCAUCUCAAAGGGUAAUCUUCCAGGAGUGAAACACAAAUCUUUUCUAACAGCUGAGGACUGCUUUGAGUUGGGUAAAGUGGCAUAUACAGAGGCAGAUUAUUACCAUACAGAACUGUGGAUGGAACAAGCGCUAAGGCAACUGGAUGAAGGCGAGGUUUCUACCAUAGAUAAAGUCUCUGUUCUAGAUUAUUUGAGCUAUGCAGUAUAUCAGCAGGGAGACCUGGAUAAGGCACUUUUGCUCACAAAGAAACUUCUUGAACUAGAUCCUGAACAUCAGAGAGCUAAUGGUAACUUAAAAUAUUUUGAGUAUAUAAUGGCUAAAGAAAAAGAUGUCAAUAAGUCUGCUUCAGAUGACCAAUCUGAUCAGAAAACUACACCAAAGAAAAAAGGGACUGCUGUGGACUACCUGCCAGAGAGACAGAAGUACGAAAUGCUGUGCCGUGGGGAGGGUAUCAAAAUGACCCCUCGGAGACAGAAAAAACUCUUUUGUCGCUACCAUGAUGGAAACCGGAAUCCUAAAUUUAUUCUGGCACCAGCUAAACAGGAAGAUGAAUGGGACAAGCCUCGUAUUAUUCGCUUCCAUGAUAUUAUUUCUGAUGCAGAAAUUGAAAUCGUCAAAGACCUAGCAAAACCAAGGCUGAGCCGAGCUACAGUACAUGACCCUGAGACUGGAAAAUUGACCACAGCACAGUACAGAGUAUCUAAGAGUGCCUGGCUCUCUGGCUAUGAAAACCCUGUGGUGUCUCGAAUUAAUAUGAGAAUACAAGAUCUAACAGGACUAGAUGUUUCCACAGCAGAGGAAUUACAGGUAGCAAAUUAUGGAGUUGGAGGACAGUAUGAACCCCAUUUUGACUUUGCACGGAAAGAUGAGCCAGAUGCUUUCAAAGAGCUGGGGACAGGAAAUAGAAUUGCUACAUGGCUGUUUUAUAUGAGUGAUGUGUCUGCAGGAGGAGCCACUGUUUUUCCUGAAGUUGGAGCUAGUGUGUGGCCCAAAAAAGGAACUGCUGUUUUCUGGUAUAAUCUAUUUGCCAGUGGAGAAGGAGAUUAUAGUACACGGCAUGCAGCCUGUCCAGUGCUAGUUGGCAACAAAUGGGUAUCCAAUAAAUGGCUCCAUGAACGUGGACAAGAAUUUCGAAGACCUUGCACCUUGUCGGAAUUGGAAUGACAAACAGGCUUCCCUUCCUCUCCUAUUGUACUCUGUGUCUGAUACACACAUUUCCUCGUCUUAACUUUCAAGAGUUUACAAUUGACUAACACUCCAUGAUUGAUUCAGUCAGGAACCUCAUCCCAUGUUUCAUCUGUGGACACUUUGUGGAUUUUUCUUUUAAAAUUAACCUAAAUCACCACAUUGCAAAUGUAAAACCUUAAAGUACAGUUGGUAUCACAGAAGACAAGGCAGAGUUAAAGUGAGGAAUUUCUAAUUUUAUAUUUAAAGGACUUUUUGGUUGGAUAAAAAUAUAAUUUGAGCAUCCAAUUUUAGCAUUUCACUACAUCUCAGUUGGUGGGUGUUAAGCUCUAAUGGGCCAUGUGAUAGGAAACAAAUGCCUUACAGAUGUGUCUAGGUGUUGUGUUUACCUAGUAUCUUAUUCUCUUUUCUGGAUUUGCCUGAAGACUAGUAAUAAACUAGGACACUAACUGGGUUCCAUGUGAUGUUUGCCCUUUCAUAAGAUCUUCUAAGUUGAUUUUUUUCCUCCCAAGUCCUUUUUAAAGAAAGUAUACUGUAUUUUUUCCAACCCCCUCUCUUUUCUCAUAGCUCUUCUGUGGUGAAUUAAAUGUGCUUGAGUUAAAAAUACUUCGAUUUCUUUUUUUUUUUUAAAUAGAAAGUCCUGCAUAACAGCACUGGGCCUUCUUCACUAAAAUGCUCACCACUUAGUCUGUUUUUUUUCUCCCUUUUUUAAAAUGACAGAUGAUUUUGUCCAGAAAUUUUGCUGUUUUUCUUAGUGCUAAUACCUUGCCUCUUAUUCCUGCUACAGCAGGGUGGUAAUAUUGGCAUUCUGAUUAAAUACUGUGCCUUAGGAGACUGGAAGUUUAAAAUGUAGAAGUCCUUUCAGUGAUGAGGAAUUGAUUUUUUUUUUUUUUAGUCUUUUUCUUAGAAAGCCAAAUGUUUGUCUUUUUAAAAUUCUGAAAUGUGCUGUGACAACAAUGACCUAUUUAUGAUCUUAAAUCUUUUUU